AUGUCUUCCAACAAAGUCAUCUCCGACGCUUACACCCUCGAGUUUGUCAUGGAUAAACGCCAGAAAAUGCAACUAGCCUACCGCCCCGAAUUUGAUAAAUCAAUUCGGGGCGAGUGGUACAUGGCGGAAUAUUCUAUUCCAUUCGUUCGUUCCAUUGAUCGGACGACAUUCCUGUCCGUCUUCAAACAGGUUAUGAUUAUUGUCGAGGAGCCUUAUGAAAUGUGGGACAAUGGAAGUGGCAUCGUUAUCAAGACAGAUCGAAGCUUCCCUGAACCAGUGAAUAUAUCGGUCCUGUGGCAUGCUCUCUGGUCUGCUAUACCAUCCAAAUACUUUCCUCCCAUCCGUGAUUAUACUGGAAUGAGGCCGCCACAGGCUUUGGCACAUGUAAUACUCUUUGUCUUGGCUCGCGCUCGACCGUCUUUAGCUUCCUUCAAGAUCAUUCCUGUAAUUGGGCUUUGA